GCUGCGGCGGUAGCUGCUCUCGAGCUUCGUGAUGCCGCCCAAGGACGACAAGAAGAAGGAUGCCGGGAAGUCGGCCAAGAAGGACAAAGACCCAGUGAACAAAUCCGGGGGCGAGGCCAAGAAGAAGAAGUGGUCCACAGGCGAAGUUCGGGACAAGCUCAAUAACCAGGUCUUGUUUGACAAAGCCACAUACGACAAGCUCUGUAAAGAAGUUCCCAGCUAUAAGCUGAUCACCCCAGCUGUUGUCUCUGAGAGAUUGAAGAUUCGUGGUUCCCUGGCCAGGGCAGCCCUCCAGGAGCUGCUGGGUAAAGGACUUAUCAAGCUGGUUUCAAAACACAGAGCUCAAGUAAUUUACACCAGGAACACCAAGGGUGGAGACGCCCCAGCAACUGGUGAAGAUGCAUGAGCAGGUCCAACCAACUGUACAGUUUGAACAAUAAAAUUUUAUUAGCUAAAAAAAAAAA